AUUAGUUAGCACCUUGUUUCAAACUUACACCACUUAAAUACAUUUUUCUUUUGGAUUUUGAUGCUUGUUUUGUCUCCAAAGGAUGUUGAAGACUUUUGCAGGUUUUGAAUUGGACAGGAGUGCAGUUCUGGGACCAUGGGGACUUGGGAGUGAGCACCUGACCCUCGCCUGCUGAAUGAAGCAUCUUUUGGGGGGACAGGACGUGCAGAGGUGGUCAGACAAGAAGUAAACAGCAGACUUGUGGCUCGGACUGUCUGUUCCUCAUGCCACUUGUAAAUAAUAAAGUGAGCGAUGAAUGCACGGUCAGCACUGACAAAUCUUUGACUGAUGCGAAAGCUCUGGUGGAGUCCCUGAUCAAGGUGGUAGCAUGUCACCGUCACCUGGCCUCGUGUGUGGGCGGCUGUACAGACACUCUGCAGCUCCGUGAUGAGCUCAGACAGACUCGAGAGAGGGCCCUGAAGCUGGCCGUGUCCAUCUGUGCCCACCUGACCAAAGCUCUGAGGGACAAGAGUCUGCCCCCGGACCACCGACGCCACUGUGAGCUGCUCUGGGUGGGCUUCUCCUCCAGCCUCGAACUCCUGCACAUCGACAUGUGCAAAGUCUUCAAGAUGGCCGACAAUUUCACACUGGCCAAUAACAUCUCCCUCGUCCAGACAGGAUUACAAGGAGGAGGGAGUGAGGUGGCUGCUAGAGCUCUAAGUUUACCAGACCUGAACCAGGUAGAGAGCACAGCACCCCCUGCUGAUUUGGAGGGACAGGAGCGCUGCAGCCUGGAGCAGGACAUCAGCCAAAUGGAUCACAUGAUCGAUGACAUGGAGACCAAGGUGAACGUGCUACGCUGGAUGGUGGAGCCACAGGGGGCACUGUUACCUCUGGGCAGCACAGACAGCUUAUCUCUGGCCCUGCUGUCUGUGGAUGAGGAGUGUCCAAGGACAGAGGAGGGACCCAAGCACCUGUGCCAGCGCAGUCAUGUGUUUGCGCUCAUCCUGCUGUGUGCGGUGGUCGCCGUGGCAGCUACUCUGUCCAUCUGCAUCGUCCUCUUCACAUGAAGGACACUGUUGCUCAAAUAGU